AUGUUCGCCGGCACAACGAGGGCAAGGGCAAGGCCAUCGGCGGCAGCAGCAGGGACAGGAGCAGUGCCACCAGCAACGUUCAAGCAGCCGGACAGAGUGCCACAGGUGGAGGCUGUGGAGCCUCCAAUUGACACCAUGGGCAUCCAAUCGCCAUUUGUUGUCAACGUGCCGGCGAGUGAACACGAUAAGGCCAACUGUACAAACACCCAGUGUAUCCACUGCGGACGAGUCAUCAUACCAUCACCCGUGGCCAGUUUCCCUCUAGUUGAGACUCCUAGCAUAUCUGUCGGCUCGUGGGAGAUCUACACCACGAAGCAGCCGAUUCUGACGAGUGACGAGAUCGACUUGGAGAACGAGAGGUUGGGGAUACCGGUUCCGGAGAUGAUCUUUGGUCAUAACAAGGUGGAGAUCAAGAACAAGGAGUUGGGCUUCUCCAUAUCGUUCAACACUCCAGAUGCACUGAGUCUUGUGGAUACCACUGGCACGGAUCUGAUCCAGGUGUCGUACUCGAAGGAGUGGUUUAGCACCAGAAAGACCAACGGCGAGGACGUGAAGGGCAUUGUGAAGCCGUUUGAUUGGACUUAUUCCACGACGUAUCGUGGUUCCUUGCCAGAUGGUGUUACUAUGGAGGAAACAGAGAACGAACACAUUCCGUUGGAUAAGCUAAAGAGGCCUGAUCCGAUCCUGUUCUUUGAUGACAUGGUUCUCUACGAGGACGAAUUGGGCGAUAAUGGGAUCUCCGUCUUGAGUUGCAAGAUUAGAGUCAUGUCAGAGAGACUACUACUGCUACAGAGGUUCUUCAUGAGGGUGGACAACGUUUUAUUCAGGGUACGAGACACUAGGGUGUAUGUCGACUUCCACGAGAACAAAGUCAUUCGAGAGUAUAAGGAACAACAAGGCACGCAUCAGCAAGUGAUGAAGAAGAUUAGCCCAUUGAGUGGUGAUCCACGCUCAUUCCUCAGAGACCAGAAUUGGAUAGCACAGAGGUUGCCUGUGGAGAAGGUUAUAGUUGACGUUUUCGCAAACCAUUAA